CUGAGCCGUCCAUGUCUUCGCUCCUCUUUUCUUCCCCCUCCACCACCCGACUCGACGACCUCUCUCCUUCCGUCCGUUCCUCACCGGGGUCCGGAGGCUGGGCGACGGGGCUCCGAAGGAGCCACGCCUCCCUCCCAGUUCUACUAUUAGCUUAUGAGUACUGAGGAGCACAACCUUGCUCUCUGUCUGCUAGCCUUAUGACAGACAGAAGUGAUGGACCAAUUGGUAGUCUCCCUGAACAUCUCCUUGUAGAAAUACUGACUCGGUUACCAAUCUGUGAGUGGGUUCAAGUAUCAUGUGUCAGCAAGCAUUGGGCAAGCAUGUUCCAAGGAGAAUACUUGUGGCAAACCGCUAUUUCAAGGAAAUGGCCAUCAGCUGGUUUCCGUAGACGCUGGCCUGGGCCAAUUCCCAGAGGUUCUGCUAGGAGGAGAUUCCAAGCACUAUAUGUCAGCGAGAACCUUGUACCGUCUGGUGGCGAGAUUGAUGAGCUUGUUGGUCACACAUUUCUAUAUUUAAAAGAACAGCUUGAGAGCCUUGUCAUUCCUCCAUCCAGCAUACUUCAUGGCACCAUCAUUGAUCAGUUCAUUGCUUGUGGUAGGACAGGAGAAAAGGCCCAUGAACUUGCUUCAAAUAUAUGGAUUGCAGUCAUUGACAAUUUGGAAGAAAACCAGCAAACUUUCAUGUUGUUAAGACACCUUGCACAAGAAGGAGAUUUUUUCCUCCCAUUUCCAUAUUCGAGGUCGUAUAAAGUACUGUGGAGGGUGUUCGACAAGCUGUUCACCGACUUCCGUGACUGUUUUAGCAGGGCAGAUUACCAUGACGCGCUAGCGAGUGCCAAGUCUAGGUUUCAGCCAGUACCUUCUUUAUGGCUUGGUCAUUAGCAUACGUCUGUUGUUUUUCUUGUGCCCUGGACGCUGUUUUAGAUGUAGUUGCUAUACUUCCCAUGGUGAAAAGAUGGAUGCCGAGAGCCAAUUCCAAUGGAGGACUUGUAUGUAUUUAGCAGUUAGCUACAAGAAAAUCAAACUAUUGUUCGAUUGCAAGAAAAAAGGGGUGUUCUUGUAAA